AGUGGAUGGGCGAGGCCGCCUCCAUGUACCUGUAUAAAACCUGACACCGACCCUGAGCCUGUCUCUUACCUGUCACCUUGAUAGGCACAACUGCAGUGCACCGAAACGGAACCAUAAGACCAUGGGAAAGGAUAAGGUCCACAUCAAUAUCGUGGUCAUUGGCCAUGUCGACUCCGGAAAGUCCACCACCACCGGUCAUCUGAUCUACAAGUGCGGAGGCAUCGACAAGAGAAUGAUCGAGAAGUUCGAGAAGGAAGCGAGUGACAUGGGGAAGGGGUCGUUUAAGUACGCCUGGGUUUUGGACAAGCUGAAGGCUGAGAGGGAGCGAGGCAUCACCAUUGACAUCGCACUCUGGAAGUUUGUUACGGAGAAGUUCUACAUCACCAUCAUCGAUGCCCCUGGCCACAGGGACUUCAUCAAGAACAUGAUCACAGGGACCUCCCAGGCAGACUGUGCUGUGUUGAUCGUGGCUGCCGGUGUGGGCGAGUUCGAGGCCGGCAUCUCCAAGAACGGGCAGACGCGUGAGCACGCCCUGCUGGCCUACACGCUGGGGGUGAAGCAGCUCAUCGUGGGCGUCAACAAGAUGGACUGCACCGAGCCUGCGUACAGCUGCGAGCGCUUCAAGGAGAUCUCCAACGAGGUCAGCGGCUACAUCAAGAAGAUCGGCUACAACCCCAAGGCCGUCGCCUUCGUGCCCAUUUCCGGUUGGCACGGAGACAAUAUGAUAGAACCUAGUACGAAUAUGUCCUGGUUUGUGGGCUGGUCGGUGGAACGUAAGGAAGGGAAGACCUGUGGGAAAACACUGCUCGAGGCUCUGGACGGCAUCGUGCCCCCAGCCCGCCCCACAGACAAGCCUCUCAGGCUCCCCCUGCAGGACGUCUACAAGAUUGGAGGUAUUGGGACAGUGCCCGUGGGACGGGUGGAGACCGGGACAAUGAAGCCCAACAUGUUGGUGUUGUUCUGCCCCGCCAAUAUCACCACGGAGGUGAAGUCUGUGGAGAUGCACCACGAGGCCAUGACUGAGGCUUUACCCGGGGACAACGUGGGCUUCAAUGUCAAGAAUGUGUCCGUCAAGGACAUUCGCCGUGGCAACGUGGCCGGAGACUCCAAGAACGACCCGCCCCAACAGGCAGCCAGUUUCCACGCUCAGGUGAUUGUGCUGAACCACCCUGGUCAGAUCUGCGCUGGAUACGCCCCGGUGCUGGACUGCCACACAGCGCACAUCGCCUGCAAGUUCAACGAGAUCCUCGAGAAGAUCGACCGUCGCUCCGGCAAGAAGAUGGAGGAUAACCCCAAGUUCAUCAAGUCCGGCGACGCCGCCAUCGUGGACAUGGUCCCCAGCAAGCCCAUGUGUGUGGAGAACUUCUCUGACUACCCUCCUCUGGGGCGCUUUGCGGUGCGGGACAUGAGGCAGACCGUGGCCGUCGGCGUCAUUAAGUCGGUGGAUAAGAAGGCCCCGGGUGGUGGCAAAGUCACCAAGGCGGCUCAGAAGGCUGUGGGAGUGAAGGGCAAAAAGUAGACCUGCUCCCCCCCCCCCCCCCCCCCACUCCCCCCUCAGAGACUCCGGCCCCACGCUGCUGGGGAGGCUGAUUGGGUACGUUUCGGAGGUGGCGGGUGAAGCCUCAGGGCCCUGCUCUGUGGCCACGCCUCCACUGGUAUUGCCCUUUAACUGAUCUACUGGAAAAAUAAUAAAGAUCAUAAACCCUACCCCUCCUGUCCUUACUGCCCAAAGCUUGGGCCUGUAUGUGUGAGUGUGUGUGUGUGUGUGUGUGUGAGUGUGCAUGUGUGUGUGAGUGUGUGUGCGUGUGCGUGUGCGUGUGUGUGAGUGUGUGUGUGUGUGAGUGUAUAUGUGUGUGUGCGUGUGUGUGUGUGUGCAUGUGUGCGUGAGUGUGCAUGUGUGUGUAUGUGUGUCUCUAUGUGUUUUGUGUGUGUGUGUGAGUGUGUAUGUGUGUGUGAUCCAGUCCAUCAUAUACCAGUUCCAGGACAUUUCCCCGAUGAAGGUUGCAGAAUGUUAGGGUUGGCUUUGGUGCCAUAGUAAGGGGUAUUCUAAUGCAGCACAGUGGACCAAACACUCUCAGGCAUAAAACAGGGCAUGCACUUCACUGUCAAAUGACUUUUGGUAGUGGAAUUAAUGUACGAGCCAGUGAGAUGUCUGUUAGCACUGGUUAUUAAACUCUAUCCUGGAGCA